AUUAUAGCAAUUAUAGGAAGAGUAGGACUCGAGAUAUGUCGUGAUGCUUUCAGAAUAUGUUGAAUACCAGUCUGGUCGAUAGGUAUAUAAGAUGGCUCUUCUUGCCUUCACGAAGGGGGAAGAAGAGGAUAUCAUCACCAACACAAAUAGAAUACCAGCUUUCUAAGGUUACAAUUUUUUACAAUAUUCAACCAAGUCUAAAACUUGCUUAACUCAUAAAAGAGAAUUACCUAUCUCCUAUUUUCAAUAUGAAGUUCACUACCGCCGCCCUCUCUCUCCUCGCCACCACCCUCUCCCUAGCCGCCCCUACCACAACCUCCAGCACCACCAAACUCAGCACCCGCCAAGAUCCCACCUACACCGGCUUCUUCCUCCCCAGCAUCAUCAAGACCCACAACGUCGUCACCGGCGUAAACACCGUCGCCUCCAACAUCAUCACCUCGCGCUUCGACAACACAGAAAACAGCACGCUCUACCAGAUCGCGAUCCCAGACUCCGCCGCCGGCCGCACGUGCCACCUCGUCCUCCGCGCCAACCAGGAGGUCUCGGACAUCGUCACCGGCACCCAGGCCCUCGACGUGUUCCGCAGCUCGUUCGCGGAUCUCUUCCAGCUCAACGCCGGGAACCAGCGCGACGUGCAGCUGGCGCGCAUGCGCUUCGACGAAAGCACGGGGCUGUACGCGUUCGACAAGACGGAUUUCCCGAACCCGGCUGUCGAGAGCUUCCCGUGUCCGGCGGGGCUGAGCGUGCGCUGGGAGACGGUGGCGGUGGGUGAUUUGGACGUCAAUGUGGUUCGGCAGGAUAGCGUGGCGAGCGGCGGGGUGGUGCCGAAUGGGUUGAGUGUUGGGUGGUGGUAGAUAGGGGUACAUGUAUUGACUACUCUUGCACGCAUGGGUGCCUAACCUUAGGGGUAUCGCGGACUUCGGAGUAUUACAGGGUUUUUGGGUUAGCUAUACAUUGGCUAUACAUUGGCGCAACGAGCGCUUUUGCUUGUGUUGGUUUCAGUCGUUCAUUUAUCAUUCUAUCAGGUAGUUAUUCAUAUAGAUAUUAUUUCAAACUUCUUCUUAUAAUUGAAUUUUGACGAACUCCGUAC